AUGUGUGUGGAUGCAUCGCCGGAAGAGGGACCACGGUGUGACUCAAGCCCUCGCCCUGGGUUCGCCCUGCGCCUCUCCCCGGGAGCCACCCAAGGCCGGUGCUUGUCAACGCCCGGCUCCGCUCGCCUCCGCCCGCCCCGCACGGCAGCCGGCCCUGCCCGCCCUGCCCACGCAGCCUCCGGGCUGCUCGGAGCAGUGGAAGGUAGUAGCGGAGCUGCCAUGGAAGCCAACACCUCCCUCUGGCACAGCUACCUCUCGGUGAUCGUGUCCCGCGAGAGGCAGCGGAUGGAGCACUUCCAGCGGGCCGAGGACAUCCUGCUCACCCUGUUGGAGAGCGUCCACGCCAGGGAACCCCGCUUCCUCGUGGACUACGCCAGGAACCUGGAAGCCUUCGAGUUUGCUCUCUGCGCCUCUGAGGAUGCCGUCACUCUGGAGAUGCCCCUGCGCAUUGACGGCGAUACCCUGCGUGUGCUGGCGCGCCGGACCGGGGACGCCGCAGGCAGGCAUCCUUCAGCGGGGGACACCUGCUGUCUGGGAGUGUGCUCUCCAGGGACUGAUUUGGAGGACUGGACCGGCGUUGUGGAUGUGAUGGAGCACGGAGGGGGUGCGGGGUGCCUGCUUCCAGGCAAAAUCCUCCAGCGCCUGAAAGAGCUCCUUGUUUCAGCCACCGUGCACUGCCAACGCCUCUUCCUGCUUCAGCCAGGUGACAUCAGUGCUGAAAACCUGCGGGAAGAUGCCAUGGAGCUCUCCCUGCUGAUCCGGGGCAGCUGGAAGACCAUUCGCUUUGACAUUGUUCCAGUGGUGAGGAGGCAGCAGGAGCCGCUCCAGCUCCAGAGGCGGCGGAGCGGCAGGGGCUUCCCCGAAGGCAGCCUCAGGAAGGCCACAGAGGAGGCUCACUUCGUCCCUGCCUCUCCCCACUGCUGGAGAUCCUCCACUCACCUUCCCAUCCUGAAGCUGCUGCGUGGAGUGGACACGCUGAAGGGACCCCGUCUGGACAGCCUCCGCCUGCUCGACCAGCUCCGUGACCAGGACUGGGGAGGGGAGGGUGGGAAAGGCAGUCUCACUUUCAACCACCUGAAGAUGGUGCUGCUGUGGAGCACAGAGCUCUUCCCCUCCCCGGAGGACUGGCAGGACCUGGAAGGCUCUGUCUACAGGCUCUUGGUGAUCCUUCUCCGCUGCCUGGCCACCCAGCACCUGCCCCACUUCCUGAACCCAGAGGAAAACCUCUUCCAAGGAGCGGCCUCGGACCUUGCCACCCUCUACCACAGAGUCGAGAGUUUUGCCUGGGACCCCCAGCGCUUCCUCCGCUUCCAUUUUGGCCUCCACGGGUUCAGCGGCAGCUGUCAGGCAGACACUGAAACCCGAGCCCUCCUGCAGCUCCCCGCCGAGGAUGGGUCCUACUGGGACACAGCCUACUUUGACAUGCUGCUCGGCCAGUUUCAGGUGUACCGCAUCCAGGACAGCGCACGCCGCUCAGCAGCGACGCAGCUCCUCUCCAAGAUCCGUCGAGAAAUCCUUCGGCAGAGCUGAGCGGGACCCUGCUGCCGCCCCCCUGGC